GACGCGACCCAGCAGGUCAUACAACCGUGCGAGCCUGCAAGCCCCUCUAAAACGCGGCUGCACCUGCAGUUCCAUUCCAUUCGACUCGCACCUCCUCUCCACCCCACGCAACACCAAGCGCGCGAGAGCACCAAGCCACACUCCCCGGAACCAGAGGCUCAAUCCUUUCUCGUGAGUGCACCGCCGCUGCAACUGUGCAAGCAAGAUCUUCCAUGGCGGCGGCCGCCGGAAGCUCCCGCGUUUUCCCCGCGCUGAUGAUCCUCACCGGCGUCUUCGUCUUCCUCCUCCUCGUCGUUGCUCCCGGCGUCGCCGCGGAGGCAGCAGCUCCGCCGCCGCCGGGGCUGGAGUUCCGCGUGGGCGGGCCGCGCGGUUGGCGCGUCCCGGACGCCAACACCAGCUACGACUGGUGGGCCAUGAACAACCGCUUCCACGUCGGCGACCACCUCUAUUUCAAGUACGCGAACGACUCGGUGCUGGUGGUGGACCGCCUGGCCUUCGACGCCUGCAACGCCAGCGAGCCUCUGGCCGCGUUCGCGGACGGCGCCACCAAAUUCCGCCUCGACCGCCCGGGCUUCUUCUGCUUCAUCAGCGGCGAGGCGGGGCACUGCCAGGAAGGCCAGAGGCUCAUCGUGCGCGUCAUGGUGCACCCGGCACUGGCCUCGGCGCCCGCGCCUGGAGCUCCGACGACAGAGCCAGCCGGCCAUGCCGGCGGGCGCCCCAGGCCGUCGGAGUGCUCGUGCUCCGACGCCUCCUCCAGUGUUGGCACAGCUAUCGCCGCCGCCGCCGGCGUCGCCAUCUCGGCGGCAAUGGCUACGGUUGUUGUCCUCGUCUUGUUGCUCCAGUGAUCAGUUUGCUUGAUGAUGUGUGCAAACUGACACACUACUUCGUACUCCUUGUUAGAUAUCCCUUGCCUAGUUUUCAGUUUCCAUAUUAUUCUAGGUUCAUGACUCAUGAAGUAUUGAUGCUGGUAAUGUCGUGUCAGACAAUUUGUUUUACUGAGUAUUCAAUUCAUGUGCUG